AUGUUUAUGCUUGUGGUGAGUGUGAUGUUGCAGGUUGCUUAUGGACAACACCAUAUCCGAUGCAUUCCAAAUGAGAGGGAUGCACUCUUUCAAUUCAAGGCUGCCAUUGUCGAUCGUUACGGUAUGCUCUCCUCUUGGACCACUCCCGAUUGUUGCCAAUGGGAGGGGAUUCACUGCAACAAUCUCACCGCUCAUAUUAUAAGUCUCCACCUUCCUGGACAGUAUCAUCAUGAAUCUCUUUCUCAUGGUGGUUUUUAUUUUGAAGACUAUCGGCGUUACAUCAGCGGAGAGAUCCACAAGUCGUUAAUGGAGUUGCGACACUUACAGUAUUUGAACCUCAGUUCCAAUUAUUUUCCAGAGACUAAUAUUCCAGAGUUUCUUGGCUCUCUUACCAACUUGAGAUAUCUUGAUCUCUCUUCAUCUUACUUUAGCGGACAAAUUUCAACUCAGAUAAGUUCUCUUUCUCAUUUGAAAUAUUUGAAUCUUGCUGAUAAUUAUUAUUUGAAUGGUUCAAUCCCUCUUGAAAUUGGAAAUCUCUCCCGGUUGGAGUAUCUUGAUCUCAGUGGCAAUUCUUUUGAAGGAUACAUUCCUUCCCAACUAGGAAACCUUUCAAAUUUGCAUAAACUCUAUCUUGGAGGAGGAUAUGAUAGUGCUCUCAAAAUUGUCACUAGUGAUCAAUGGUUAUCUAAUCUUAAUUCUUUAACCCAUCUUUACUUGGAUUCCAUCUCUAAUUUUAACAGUUCUCCUAGCUGCCUUCGAACCAUUGCGAAGCUACCAAAACUAAGAGAACUCAGUUUAUCUGAAUGUGGCCUUUCCGAUCAUCUCCUCCUUUCAUUCAACCCUUCCAACUUCAAUUUUUCCACUUCCCUUUCUGUCCUUCAUCUUUCUAGUAACUCCUUCACACAACCCAUGGUAUUCCAGUGGGUGUCAAACACCACUUCCAACCUUGUUGAGCUUGACCUUAGUUGGAACCUCUUGGAGGGUUCCACAUCAAAUCAUUUUGGCUUGGCCAUGAAUUCGCUUGAGCACCUUGACCUCACCUAUAAUGUGUUCAAGGGUGAAGAUUUGAAAUCAUUCAUGAAUAUAUGCACCUUACAUUCAUUAUACAUGGAUAGAAACAAUAUGACCGAAGACCUUUCGUUAAUUCUUCAUAAUUUCUCCAGUGGUUGUGUUAGAUACUCUUUACAAAAAUUGAGUUUGGUAUCCAAUCAUAUCAGAGGCUUCGUACCUGACCUUUCAGCAUUUUCAAAUUUAAACAUAUUGGAUCUUUCCAACAAUCUAUUCAGUGGGAAGAUACCUGAAGGCACUAGAUUACCAUCUCAUUUGGAGCAGUUGUUAAUUAAGUCUAACUCUUUAGAAGGUGGUGUUCCAAAAUCAUUUGGGAGUACAUGUACUUUGGAGUUAUUGGAUUUGUCAGAUAAUAAGUUGAGUGAAGAUCUCACAGUGAUGUUUAAUCAUUUGUCUGGAUGUUCUAGAUACUCACUACAAGAGUUGAGUUUGGCUAACAAUGAAAUCAGAGGCUCCAUACCUGACCUUUCAGCAUUUUCAAAUUUAAAAACGUUGUAUCUUUAUGAUAAUCAAUUGAGUGGGAAGAUACUUGAAGGCACUAGAUUACCAUCUCAUUUGGAGCAGUUGUUAAUUAGGUCUAACUCUUUAGAAGGUGGUGUUCCAAAAUCAUUUUGGAGCACAUGUACUUUGGAGUUAUUGGAUUUCUAUGAUAAUAAGUUGAGUGAAGAUCUCGCAAUAAUGUUUAAUCAUUUGUCUGGAUGUUCUAGAUACUCAUUGCGAGAACUAUAUCUCGGUCGAAAUAAAUUCAAUGGCACAUUACCUGAUUUUUCAAUAUUUUCAAAGUUGGAAACGUUGGAUAUAUCAGGAAAUCGAUUGGAUGGAGUUCCAAAAUUACUUCACAAUGGUACUGUUUUGCGUUCAUUGAACCUAUUUAACAACANUUUAAGUGAAAACCUUCCAANAAUAAUGCANCAUUUAUCCUCAUCAUUGCAACAAUUAGAUCUGAGUAUGAAUCAAAUUAGUGGUACUUUGCCUAGCAACCUCGCAACAAUGUUCCCAUCAUUAAAAGAAUUGUACCUUGAUAGUAACAAGCUAAAUGGGACAAUUUCUGAAGAUCUUCGAUUUCCACCAGAACUUGAGGUACCGUUCCAAAAUGGUUUUGGACCAAAUUUGGAUUGUCAAGUUGGAUGGAUAUUAAUAUUUCAUGUAAUAAUUUACAAGCUGAAUAUUUAUACCAACUAG